AUGAAAUACAACAAAACUGGUGGGCCGUACUGGAUUGGUGUUCGCAAGCUGUCCGGAACUUGGAUGGUACCAAUGUUGAACAAUGCUACUGCAGCACGCUACGGUUAUCAUCCAUUCGGAUAUCAACCAGCUGUCUAUACGAACUGGAGAUCGUCGCAACCGGAUGGUUGCUGUGGUCGUAAUGUUACCUGCGUGUUGGCAAAUCUCAAGAAUGGCUUCGGACAGUGGGAUGAUGCGUUCUGCGAUCGUGUCCGAACAUCCCCUGCUGGUGUUGUAUGCCAACGGUACGCUUAUCAGCCAGUGUGA